GAGCCUCUGGGCAGGGUCACACACUAGAGGAGGAGCUGACUUCAUAGCAGGUCCCAGCCCAGCGUAGCUGAGAGCUCCCUUCUCUGCUCUUCUGCUGAUCCCUGGGCACCAACAUGGCCCAGGUGCCUCCUGCCUCUGCCUUGGAUCCCAAGAGCAUCCAGCAACUGGUGCUCUGCUCCCACGAGGCCAAGAAGUUUGCCUACUGUCCCUACAGUCGCUUCCCCGUGGGGGCUGCUGUCCUCACCAAGGACGAGAGGAUCUUCUCCGGGUGCAACGUAGAAAACUGUGUCUACCCACUGGGCGUCUGUGCUGAACGGAUAGCUAUCCAGAAGGCUGUCUCAGAAGGGCACAAAGAUUUUAAGGCAAUUGCUAUCGCCAGCGACUUGCAAGAUGAUUUCAUUUCACCCUGUGGGUCCUGCAGGCAAGUCAUGAGAGAGUUUGGCGCCAACUGGGACGUCUACAUGACCAAGCCAGAUGGCACCUAUGUCGUCCAUUCAGUCCAGGAGCUGCUGCCUGACUCCUUUGGGCCCGAGGACCUGAACAAGAUGAAGUGAAAGAUGAAGAAUGCCCGCUGCCCAGACAACUUCACGAAGACGCUCUCACAGACCUGGCUUACCUCCAAACAAACGGGCCCGACCCCGCAGGGGCUGGGCAAAGAUGGCUUUUCCAAAUGACACUCAGGCACUGCCGUCUCAGUCUGGCUCGGGCCGUAGCCCCUCCUUGUAGCCCACCUUGUCCUCCCUAGACAAGAGCACCCCAUUCCUUCCUGUGGGCCUGCUUUAAAAUUCCAGCCAAGUCUGAACUGCUUCCCCAUUAGCCUUCCCAAGGUUCUAUCCUGUUCCCAGUGACUCUCUAAUUACAAACAUCACAGAACAUCCGGACUCAGGGAAGCACGUUUUGCUCUGUCUCUCUCAUUGCUCUCAGCUCCCAGGAGGGGAGGGCACUUUGUCUUUAUAGAGAGACCUGCACUGUGGACCCGUCUGUGUGGAAAGAGAAAGGUUUUAGGCUUCUUGCCCCUGUGUUCUCCAGAUGGGUGGCCCCCAGGGCUGGACCUGUUUGUGUCCAUAUCCAGUGUCUAUUUUGGUCUCCUCCUUCUCACAGAUGAGGGGGCUGGGCCUCAGGGAGGUUAAGUAACAUGCUCUAGGACUCUAGCAAAGUUCAGACCAGAAGCCAGGUCUCGUGUGACUCCCACUAUGGUCUAGAAACAGUGCGUGCUCUCUGCUGGCCACUGUGCUAAGCUAUUCAACAUAUAUGAACCCAUUUAGUCCUCACUUAUCAAGCUCUGAGUAUAUUGCUCUCGCUUUACCAAUGAAUAAAUCAAAGCUCAGAGAGGUUAAGUCACUUGCCCAAAGUUGCACAGCUAAAAUGUGGCAGACUGGAAUUUGAACCAUGUCUGUCCAUUUCAUUCUCUGAUGGUUAAUGUCUGGCUGCAUUUAUCAACCUGAGUAUCAUUUAUAUGGCAAAUUCUGCAGAAAGAUGUCUCUGCCCUUGAGGAACUUGCGAUCUGACAGGGAGAGAGCAGUGUAAACAGACCUGCUGCACAGAAAUGGUGAUCUUGGCAGGUCCCAAGUAUGAGGUGGGUACAGGGGGUGAGGGGGUGCCACCUUCUGGGGUGUGACAAAGGUCGAGGGACCGCCUGUUCCCUCAGUGCACUGGCUGCAUCACACACACAAUUAGGAAGGUGAGGCCCAACUGAAUGAUUGAAGGAGCCAGGCUGGCCCAUUAAAGGGGGCGACAGCUCUGGGUGUCCGCCCUGGAGGACUUGGCCCUGGGGCCAGCCUGGCUCUGAGGCUGAGAACAGAGGACAGGUUUCCUCUUUCCUAUGCAAGCAAGUUGCUGGGAGCACAGGGAGUGCUGCCCUUCCCUGGGGCCCCUGGCCCUCGGUCCGGAGCAUCUACAGCACAGAGGGCCGAAUCCGACCCUCCACCUCGCUUUAUCCGGCCCAGCACCUUGUUUCUACCCGGCAGCAGUGCUGAGCUCUUGCUUAACAGUUAGGGAGCAGUUACAUGUAUACAGUCCUAAAGUUACGUUCGGCCCUUUGAAGGCAACCACGAGGCCGAUGCGGCCCCCAGUGACAGUGCGUUCGACACCCUGCUUUCCAGGUGCUCCUGUCCGCGUGACCGGCAUCUCCACAGCACCCCCAGGCCUACCUGCUGUCCAGCCUGAUGCAAAACUGCACUCUGCCUUUCCUUAGACAUGGUUAUCGGGGUUCAGGGUCUUCAGCACAGUCUCCUGCUAGAUGUUCUUAAUAUGGGGGUGGGGGGAAAAAAGAGAAUGCUGGGAUUAAAGAGGCCAGGAUGUUAAAUUCAGUUAAAAUUCUGCUCAGUGGAGAUCUAGAUUCUUUUUUUUUCUUUGCACAUAUCCGUAUUUUGUAAACUUCCAAAACUUUUACAUUUAAUAAAAAAUGCUACUGCAUAA